CAGUUAAAGCAAGACAUAAUGGCAGCGGCACCUGAGUGGCUAACACACGAUUAUAUUGAGAACGCUCUGCGAACUCAUCACAAAGAUGCUCAAUUGCAGAUUGUGCAACUGGAUGUGAAUCCGGCUCUGGGUCCUGGUGAGAACUACGGCGGCGUCUUGACCCGAGCUCGAGUUAGUUUUAUUCUCUCGCAGCAGCCACAAGAAGAACGUGUUCAGAACUUGAUCAUAAAGACCUCCAUCGAUGACGAUGAGUUGACCAAGGAGCUAAUGGCGCCCUAUGACAUCUUCAAUCGUGAAAUUAACAUUUAUGAGGAGGUGUUGCCAAAACUGAAUGAACUUUUGAAGGAAAUUGAUGAGUUUGAGCCAAUUUUCCCCACCGCCGUUUUUGUGGAUCGCGAACGCAUUGCCAUCAUUUUUGAGGAUUUGACAGUGGAGAACUAUGUGAUGGCCGAUCGUGUGAAACGGUUAGAUCAGGAGCAUGCUCAUCUCAUCCUCCGUAAACUGGCCAAGAUGCAUGCCACCUCGGCGGUGCUGAAUGAACGCACUGCAGGUUGCCUGGAGAAAUACGAUCGUGGUUUCUUUAAUCGCUAUACAAACGCGUACAGCGGAUACUUUGUGGGGGGACUGCUGGCUGCCGCACGCUGGAUGAGCCAGGAACCCGAAUGUGCUCAUUAUGGUAAAAAACUGUUCGAAUUGGCUCCUCACUACAUGGACAUUGGCAGGGAGUGUUUUGCUCCGCUGCGUGAUUCGGUGAAUGUUUUGGCACAUGGUGAUGUGUGGACCAAUAAUGUGAUGGUCAAAUAUGAUGCAGUUACCGGUCGUCCGGUGGAUGUAUUGCUGAUUGACUUUCAGUACUCGUUCUGGGGUUCGCCCACCAUUGAUUUGCAUCACUUCUUUAACACAUCGCUACUGGAACCGCUGCGGCGGCAGGAGCAGAGCGCCCUAUUCGAAUUCUACCAUCGCAUAUUCAGAGACAUCUUAUCGAAACUAAAGUACAAACAGCAGCCCAUUCCCAGCUUACUUCAGUUUCAGCUGCAAGUCGAGCAGAAACGUUUCUUUGCUAUGCACUCGGCGGUUGUGGUGCAACCUGUUAUGAUCAAUGAGGACUCCACAGAUGCUUGUUUCAAUGCCCUUAUGAACGAUGAUGAACGUGGCACUCGCUUCAAGAAUCGUCUUUAUAACAACCCCAUUGUUCAGCAGAAUCUCAAAGCGCUGAUGCCAAUUUUCGACAGAAAAGGACUACUCGAGGUCAAUCAAUGCUGUUGACUUGUGUGAUUAACUUUUUGUACUGUUAUUAGAUAUAAAUUCAUAGUUAACAAAAAAAAUCAAGUAACUAAUAAAGCUUUAAAUGGCAAAUAACAACAAA